AUGCCUCAAACAAAAUCUGAAGAGGAAAAAACGCUACCAUCAACACCUAUAAAGUCUCUCGAGCCAUCGUGGUCCAACGUCCCUAACAAACUCCAACUCGCCGUGCUCUCCUGCUCUCGCCUGGUUGAUUUCUGGCAAAUGGCAUCUCUCCAAUCCUACAUGGUGUAUCAACUUCGUAGCUUCGAUCCUGCACUCCCUGAUUCUGCUAUCUCGCAUCAGGCUGGGGUUCUCCAAGGAAGUUUUACGGCUGCUCAGAUAGUUACCUCAGUACUGUGGGGGCGAGCGGCGGACUCGCCUUCCGUGGGAAGGAAGAAUGUAUUGUUGAUCGGCUUAGUAGGAACAGGUAUAUCUUGCCUGGGUGUCGCAUUUUCCGGGACUUUCUGGCAAGCAACUGUUUGGAGGCUGUUAGGUGGUGCAAUUAAUGGAACGAUUGGAGCAACCAGAACGAUGGUGGCUGAAACUGUCGAGAAGCGAUGGCAUUCGAGGGCUUUCUUAUUAUUGCCGCUGGCAUUCAACGUUGCAAAUAUCCUGGGUCCGGUUGUUGGAGGGUUGCUCGUGGACCCCGUCGGAACUUACCCGGCAACUUUUGGCCGGAACUCCACAUUCGGUGGGAAGGAUGGGGUACUGUGGAUGAGGAGCUUUCCCUAUGCACUUCCAAGCAUCCUGUGUGCUUUGCUACUAUUUCUAGAGGCUAUCGUAGUAGUAGUAUUCCUGCACGAAACUCUUCCGACAAGACAUGGAAUUCGGGGGCCUGGACACCACUUAAAGGAAAUGUACGAUGGCAUCAUGUCAGUUCUCCGGAACCGACACGGGAGGCAGCAAGGGUACGAACUUCUCAAGAGAGAGGAAUCGAGUGACCGGUCGUCGGCUGGUGUGAAAGAAGCCCUGGGUGAGAAAGCAGAAGAUGCCACGCACGCUCCCUUCCUCCCAUUUCGCAUGAUCUGGACUUCAAACGUCCUCUGGACAUUGCUCUCCAUAGCAAUUUUUGAUUUCCAUAUGGGCGCUUUCGCUGGACUCUGGAUAAUAUUCCUCUCGACCCGCCGGGCAGAAGAACGAGAAUUAUCCAGGAGGGUCGUGGACGCCAUUCAUUUCACGGGGGGCCUCAGUUUCCAGCCUCCUAAAAUCGGGCUUGCGCUCGCGAUUCUGGGACUUGCGGGACUGUGCCUUCAAAUUGUCCUUUAUCCAUGGGCAAAUCGCCGUUUCGGGCUCAUGCGCUGCUUUCGUUGCUCUCUUUUCCUAUUCCCCAUCGCGUACUUGCUGGCCCCUUACAUCUCUUUGCUCCCAUCUUCGACACCACCUCCACUCCCAGCUUCUGGAAUCUGGAUAUGGCUAGGUAUCUUGUUCGUCCUAGUAUUCCAGGUUAUUGCUCGGACGUUCGCGUUGCCCGCAAGUAUCAUCCUAGUGAAUAACUCGACCCCUCAUCCAAGUGUAUUGGGAACAAUUCAUGGUGUAGGCCAGAGCGUGAGCUCGGCCUUGCGGACAAUAGGUCCCAUCGCUUCUGGGUAUUGGUAUGGAAUUGGGCUGCGACAUGAUAUGGUGGGAAUGAGCUGGUGGAUAGUGGGUGCCGUAAGUGGAUUUGGAUGUGUGGCGAGUUUCUGGGUACGGAAUGGGAGUGGGCAUGAGACUACCCUACCCAGGAACGGGAAGCCGCAGAGUGAGGCGUAG